ACAUAGAUAUCAAUCUGAAAUCAGAGAUCAUGAUAAGAAACAGUAUAAAUAUAUAUAAGUUAUAUCGUUUUGAAUCAUCGUCACGUUUUAUGUCAGAACAUUCUAUACGUGACAUGACGAAUAAAUUGAUUCCGCGUUUUUUGCAGAUUGCGCAUAAUUCAGCAUACAUAUUAAAUAUCUGUACUAAGUUGUAUAUGUAUAAGUUCACGUUUUGUAUGCUAAUUGAAUUAACCCAGAUAAAUUAACGAUAACAAGUAUAAUGUGUAUUGUUGAAAAAAACUUGAUAAAAAGCCUCUCUUUUCCCCGAAAAGUCCAAUAUGUUCAUACACGCUGACAUUAGCAUAUCUUAUAAAAAUUGUGCAGUUACGUGAGAACAUUAAAGUUCGGCCAAGUAAAUUUUUAAAAAACUUUUAGGAAUAACAGAUUGCUGCGAGGAAAGGAUCAGAAGAGAGAUGGAACUCACGUUCAUAUUGCUAUCCAGUUUCAUGUUUUCUGGACUCGUUUUAGGGAUGGAAGGGACUUAUUCGACUAUGUAUGAUAAUGUGGACGUAAAUGCAAUUCUUCAAAGCGAUCGUCUUCUAAAUCAAUAUAUGGAUUGCGCUCUUGAUAGAGGUCCCUGCACCGCCGAUGCACGCAGUCUUAAACGUGCGCUUCCAGAAGCGGUAUCCACAAUUUGCGAAAAAUGCAAUUCAAAGCAAAAACAAGCAGCAAAAAAAAUAGGCAAUCAUUUGAAAAAUUAUAGACCAGAUCUCUGGACGGACUUUCUUGGAAAAUUUGAUCCUGAGGGAGAGUAUGUUGCAAAUUUCGAAAAAUUUCUAGCACAAGUAGAGGAAUAAUGUUUGCUUUAUUGAUUUUUUUAUCAAUAAAUCGAAAUUAUAUAUGUACAUGAAACGCAUACAUGUGAUAAAUAUACAUAUAUGUGAUAUUGUAAACUUUUGUUUAAGUAUUUUCGUCUAUUUCCGAAAUAAGUUUCUUAGAACAUUUUACUAAUAAGCUUAUAAAAAAUAUACACAUAUUGCAAUUUAAUAAAGUACAGAUGCGAUUAUCAUCUUAA